AUGGGGUUGAUAUUAAUGUCUACGACGUUACUGGUAUCGUCGGUGAUUGUGUACAAUUGGUCGUACGAAUUUCUUUGGUUUAAGAUGGCUCUUUUAUUCAAUGAUGUGACGACAUCAACUAAAAAAUCUAGGUCCUCUAUAAUUACUAAUAUUAAUGGAUAUGAUAAUAUUGGAACAGAUACAUUUGUACAGAAAUUCUAUACCGAAUAUUCUCUAUCUUCGAAGAAACUAGUGGGCUUUAUAAGGACGUUGUUUUCUGUAGCAAUGGUUUGUUAUAUUAUCACCAUAGAGAUUGUAUUAUGGCAGAUUAAAUCUGUAGAAAUUGAUCAAGGAGGUGAUUUUAUUACAGAAUGGAUAUGGUAUCUUGUAUCGAUGUCUCUAUCCUUGAUAUUAAUUCUAAUUCAACCAUUCUUCAUUCUAAUAUCUCUCUUAAACAAAUUUUUUAAUGAUAGAUUUGACCUGGAUCGGUUGAUAAUAAUAACUAGUGCAAUAUUAAUAGCAUUAAUCGCAAUAUUAAGAUUGAUAUCUAUCGGACCUUUUCAAUAUAGUCACAACAUUUUAACUAGAUUAUCAAUAUCUGGUGUUACAAUUAUGGCAAUAUUAUCUGGAAUUGCUAGUGUUUCUACAAUAUAUUAUACUUUUCUCUAUUUUUGGAGAAAGCAUACCAAUAAAAAGAUACCGUCUACUAUAUCUAAAUUUGCAUCAAACGGGAUAAGAAGUAAAAAAUUAUUAAUAUGGGCAAGAAAGAGUUGGAUUAAAGAACGUUUGAUUAGUUACGAGGCGUAUCGAAGUGUGUGUAUACAGGAACUAAAUAAAUUGGAAACAAUGGAACCAUCUGGCCAAGAAAGCCGGCGUCAAAAGGAUAAACUUUUGGAAUCUAUAGCUCAAUCCCAACUUCAAACAAAUCUGUUUCAAAGUAUUUUAGAUGAACCACCUAAGAUUAGAUUGGCAAGGAAGGUUUUUGAAAUUGGAUUUUUGGUAUAUUGUGUUUACAGAGUAACUUUAACAUUUUUUGUAAGAAUUCCAAAAAUUAUUUCACAUUUUAUUGAUCAUCCCCUAGAUUACCAGUUUGAACACUUUUCCGCAUCUUCAGAUCCACUUGCCGUAACAAUUGCCAAUAUUCUUGACUUCUGUCUAUUCAACUUUAACUAUCAGCAUGACUUAGAUUCGCUAACUAGUCAAAUAUCAUUAUUUCUAUCAGCGUCGUUGUUCAUUUGUGCAUUCUCAACUGUUAGUACAACCGUUUCAUUCCUAGUGUCCUUACUACCUGCUCGAUUCCAAGUUUUGGCCUUUUUUGCUCUACAGAAUGAGGAAAAUACCGACGAGCUUCCGAUUUAUGGUGGAGUUCGUCAAAAAAAAAAAAAUGAACCUUCAAUGAUAAAGAAUUUGUUACUUUCAGAACUCGCAGGAGUGUAUGUAGUUGCGACAGUAUUGAUGAUUAGAUCAAAUUUACCAUUUGAUGUUGCUCAGAGGCUUAGAGACAUGUUAGGUCAAAAAUUUACUGUGACUAGUUUUGUAAUUGACUGUUGGUUUGACGAAAUAUAUGCAAUAUCUUGUAUUCUCACAAUUUUCUUUAUAAAAUUGGCUGAGCGAACUGUGUAUCAUCUUAAUAGAAAUUAA